AUGGAUAUUCAUAAAAAAGCCUUUUGGGAAACCCUACUGGAGGAGCAGGGAAUUGACAACGAACAAGUCAAGCACUUUCAGGAGAAUUUUUACAGCAGCACCUACCAGGCAGUGUUGCAUACAAUAAUCAAAGAAAUAGCUGCUCACAAAGAAUUGCAAGAGGACUUCGAUAUUCCCCUGACUAAGUUGCUGGAAAGUGAAAACAGAAGGAAGCUGGGGAUCGUGUUGAAGAAAAAUUUUGAAAUGUUCAAAGAAGCAAUCCUACUGCUUUUGAAGAAACGUGAGAGUAAAAAAGCCACAGUCAUGUCCACGUUCACGUUUCAUCUAUCAACUCAACCAAAAGACGAGAAAGAGACUAAGGAAAAAUUCAAGGAAGUAAGUGAAGUCAGAAAGCCUUGCUGUAUUUACCACCGUGCCCGUAAGAAAAUAGAACUGGAUACAGAAUGGAUAAAGAAUAAGACAAAGGUGCAUCAAGGAGAUGGAAAGCUAUUUCUCUACUCCAGUAAGAAAAUCUUCCAAAUUCUCUUUCCUAAUGGGACUGGCCAGAUACACUAUCCAUCAGGAAACCUGGCUCUGCUCAUCUGCUGCACAGAUGUUAAAAAGUUCACAUACAUCAUUCUGGAAGAUAAUACAAAAAUGAGGAUCCGGGCCCUCGUCGACAAUUCUGGCCAUGCCACCUUCUAUGAUGAAAAUGGAGAUAUCUGGUUGAGCCUGAGCAGCAGCUUGGGCUACUACUUCCCCAAAGGCAGGCAGCAGAAGGCCUGGAACUGGUGGGAUCUGAGCGUCCACACCCAUGCGCCCCCUAUCAAGCGUAUCACCUUGAAAAUCAACCAGUACAUCCAAGUGCAAAUAAGGAGCCAAGAUCAGAUCAUCUUCUUUUUCUUCUAUCAACAGAAACGGGUUUGUUUAAACUUGGGCACUAAAUACAAGUUCAUAAACCCAGAGAUGCUGAGCACCAUGAAAAAGAGGACAGUCCUGGAGGUGGAACCUGGCCCAAUAGCCCAGAAGAUCCUGAUCCUUCUGGGAAAAAUGAGUAGGAUCCUAAACUUCCUGAGCAUUCCUGCUUUGGAAAACUUCAUCAAAGUGAACAUGCGUCUGGCGAAGAUUAUCUUACAUUAGGGCACCACCAAACUGUCCAGGCUUCAUCCAGCUUCCACUGAGUAUCUUAGGAACAGCAAGUACACAGGAGCUUCAUGGAAAACCCCGAAGACCCCUUUACAUCACUAGAGAGUUGGUGUGUAAUUUGGGACCUGUUACAUCUGCUUGGUUGGG